AUGUACAGUUUGGCGCGAUCGGAUUAGACUAGUCGUCGCUGUUGACUAUCGUUAUCGUUUUACGACACUUUGAAACAACAUCAUGGAAUAACUCGCUGUCGCCGGACAGGAGCGGACAAUGCAGGGUUCCGAAGAACAUCAGGUGGUAGACCCGGGACCAAAUGGACUCUCGCUCGACACACUCAAGUUCAUGGGACGAGCCUUUGUUGUCAGCUAUUGCGCCUACCUGAUCGGCUACUUCGGUCUUUCGCCGUCAUGGCUCGUCCUCGGUUCGGUUGCGUACGCCGUUCGAUGCCACCUCCGCCAACAAAUGAAAGCCAAGGCGUCAUUACGAAAAUUGGUCCUGGACAAGAAAAAUAUUUCGACUCUGCUCGAGGAUUUACCGACUUGGGUCUACUUUCCCGACACGGAACGCUGCGAAUGGGUGAACAAGAUGUUGGGACAGCUCUGGCCUUUCAUCGGACAGUACGUGAAAGAGAUGCUCGUCGAUAUCGUCGAGCCCUCGAUACGCGCAUCGUUGCCUCAUUACCUGCAGAGUUUCAAGUUCGAGACGAUAGACCUCGGCGAUAUCUCUCCCCGGAUAGGCGGCAUCAAGGUGUACAACGAAAACAUCGGCCGUAAUGAAAUUAUCGUCGAUAUGGACCUGAUAUACAGCGGUGAUUGUAAUCUGGUGAUCAAGAUCAAAGGCUUCAAGGCGGGCAUCCGAGAUAUUCAGUUGAGAGGAAACCUUCGACUCGAGCUGCGACCCUUGACCAAGCAGAUACCUCUCGUAGGAGGGAUCACAGCUUGUUUCUUGAGACCCCCGCUCGUCGAUUUCACUCUGACGAACAUUGGAGAGCUAAUGGAAAUUCCCGGCGUCAACGAUCUCCUAAAGAAAGCCGUGCUGGAUCAGAUAUCGCAAUUGUUGGUCCUGCCGAACAAAUACUCACAUCGAGUUAUCGAAAGCGUGUCGGCUCACAUGCUCAAGUAUUCUCUGCCGGCCGGAGUGCUCCGAAUUCAGGUCAUCGAGGCAGCGAAAUUAGUGAAGGCAGACAUUGGAAUGCUGGGAAUGGGGAAAAGCGAUCCCUACGCCGUUCUCACAGUCGGCAAGUCAGAGUUCAGGACUCAGGUCAUUCCCUCAACAAUAACUCCUCGAUGGGAUUUCUCCUGCGAAGCUGUAGUUCAUCAACUGCCUGGGAACACUCUUGAUAUUGAAGUCUACGACGAAGAUCAGUCCAGUAAAGACGAUUUUCUCGGCCGAACAGCCCUAAGCAUUCCUGAUCUGGCGGAGAAAGCUGUUUCCGAUAUGUGGCUGAAAUUGGAAGCAGUGAAGAGUGGUCAGAUUCAUAUUCGCACAGAAUGGGUCACUCUUAGUGGAAAUCCGGCAGAUCUUGAGAAGGAGCUCGAGUACAAACGAUCGUUCACAACCAACCACCAGCAUUCUGUCGGGCUCGUGGCCGUAUUUUUGGACUGCGCGUCUGCGUUGCCUUUUUCGGAUUCUCGAUGGGAUCCGACGGAUCUCCUGCCGGGUUUGCGCUUGCUUCAUCGAGCGGGUCUCAAAGUUUUACCUGUUUCGCUCGGAUCAAAAGCAGCCGAACCGUCCUGUCAGGUUGUCCUGUCGCUAGAUAAGGACGAACGAAGAAGUACCGUAGCUGUCAACUCAGUAAAUCCCGUUUGGGAAGAAACUUUCACCUUUCUAUGUGCCAAUCCCGACGUGGGAGAACUCAACGCAAAGGUGGUGGACACGAAGAGCGGCCAAUGUGUCGGCAGCGCCUCUGUCAGUACCGCCCGACUACUUCGCGAAGACGACAUGAAACUCGACGAGCCGCUCGCCUUGAAAGGCACGAACCACGCCAAGUUGAUGCUUACCCUACAACUCCGAAUCCUUCAAAGUCAUGGCAACACGAGCGUCCCGACGCUCCGAGCCAGCACACCGGUCGGAUACUCACGAAGUUCAUCGGAACGAGAAUCCUGUCCCGGUGAUCUCCCAAUCGUUCCUGCACUGAGUCCCAUAAGCACGCAAGCUCCCGCUAAGAGGGCCGAGAUACCCUCAAUGGACGAGAUGAUCCAGUCGACCAUUUCACCCAUUCUCGAAACCCUCCAGAGCUCACGGCCCAACUUGGCUCCGUCUCUCGGUAGCUUGAGCCGGUCUUCGACGUUGAGCACACAAAUAAGAAUAACCUUGAGGUAUUCACCACCCCGGAACCGCCUGGUCUGCGUCGUUCAUCAGAUGAGGGACCUACCUCCAUCGAUUGUAGCAUCAGAGGACGAUGAGGUAUACGUCAAGGUGGCGCUGAGUCCUUGCGACACGAACAAGCACAAGGAGAGCAAACAUAAAACGCGUCCGAUCAAGGCUUCUUCUUUGGGCUGCAUAGACUUCGACGAAACCGUCGAGAUGGACGUACAGCCUCACGAGCUGACUUUGGUGUCGCUGCACCUGCAGGUGUGCUGCAAGAGCUCAAAGAAAACGAGUGUGUUCAACGUCAACAAGCGAAUGAAUCACAGUGGCCGAAAACUCUUGGGUCAGCUCACGCUUUCGCUCGAUCAGCUCGACGGAGUCACGGCACUGACGGAAUGGUAUUUCCUGUCACCGCAGUAG